AGAGCGCACGAUUCGCGACUCGCGACCUGCGAGCCAAACGCAAAACAAAACGAUCGCUGUUCGUGGUCCGCGGCGCGGUUCCUCAACUCGCGCAACUCUACCGUCGCACACAUUUCACAUUUCUAUUCAGUCCUGCUGUGGCCGUCCCGCGACGCGAGUGCGCGCUCCAACGACUCUCUCUGCACAUAACACAACGCAACUCAACACAACAGAAACGCGUCACGAUACAACACCCCCGUGUGCAGAGUGCGUUCGCCCGCUGAAUUAUUACACGCCUGACGUAAUAAUAUCAGAGUCAUCAGAGUAACGCGCUGUGUGUGUGGAGAAAGAAGUCAUUGGCAGUGUACUUCAUUGAUAUUCACCCCGGCGCGUAAAGUGUCCGGCUUGGAUCUUCGCGCUGUUCAUGCGGAGCUGUGCGUUCGGAAUAACAAAUUAAACUGCACAUUUUACAAUUGCCAGCGAGUGUGUCGCCGCAUUCAGCAAAGUGCAAAGGGAAACAGACGUGUCCACCUACGAGGAUGGUAGCCGGCGCGCAGUAAGCGCGUGAUGGAUUUGGCCGAAGCGGUCGACGACUUAAUCUGCAUCUUCGACGGUUCGGGCGACACCACCAUGGAUACGCUGGCGAUGUUUAUCUUCGGCUGGUUGCUAGCCGCCCUCUUCACAUUAUGGCUAGGCAAGCUCAUCUAUAACCGUUUUCUUGCGCGCGCGAUAGACAAAACACUCGAUGUAACGGCAUCCGCGCCGGUUACGCCGACGACGGGUGCAUCGAAAACAGACGCGGGGGCGGCGGCUACUACCGAUAAAGUAGACGCAUCGGCGAAGCGAUCGGCGUCUACCGCGAGUGCAAGUGCGACUCGAUCUGGCGGCAGGGCGGUUGGAUCGACGCCGACGGCCGUCCGGCGGCGGUUGACGCGGCAGAGUCCGGCGCCGGAGCCGAGGAAACAUAAGUUUGUGCCGGCGCCGACCACCUCUGGCUCCGAUAAUAUCAGCGUGCUGUGGGUGAACGACGUGUUUCAGUGGCUGUACAAUGAUGCGUCUAUCAUCACUGAUCUGACCAUCAUGUGGCUGCAGAGCUUGAACGAAGUCGCCAAGAAAGCAUUCGUAGAGGAAGGUAUUGGCAUUGAAUUCGUCCGAGUGCUGCCCGAAACUAAGCCACCGAUUAUUACAAACGUAUUCUCGGAGUGUGCAUCGAAUGAUGACGUGACGAUAACAUGCGAUUGCGAGGCCACACCAGCCUUCCAAGUGAAGUGCACGCGCAUGAAGGGCGAAAAGACAGAAGUGUCUCAUUAUCGUGCCAACGUCAAUCGUCUGCGCGCUCGAUUGAACAUCUUCAGCGUUUCGGAGAAGUUACAGACGUACAUCAAGUGCGACGGAUGGCCGGAGAUCAAAAUUGCCUUCGCUGCAGUCGGCAACAUCAAGAACAACCUGGAUGACCAACAAUUGCAAGAAGUCAUGAGUGACAUAGCUAUAAACUCGUUGCGCAACAUGGAAGUACACUUUAAUAUGGCGAAUUACCCUUCAUGUCCGCGACUUGUCCGCCAUGUUGAUAAUCCGGGCGGGCGAAUUCAUUACGACUCGCAAUCCAAUGCAUACACGUCCACGCCAAACACGUCGGCGGCAAUGGAUUUGGAAGGCAACAAGCGGUUGCUCGUUAAGGUUGUGAAAGCAUCGCAGUUAGGCGCUACCCAAGGUUGUAAGGAGCCGUUCUGCGUGGUCGAACUGGACGAGCCUCCUCAAAGGCAACAGACCGGCGUAAUGAAGGGCACCGAUAGUCCUUCGUGGGAGGAGCAUUUCUUAUUUGACUUAACUCCGCACACCGCGGAAAUCCUUUUCGAAGUGUACGACCACGGUUCGUCGCCGCAUAGAUUCCUCGGUCUGGGCAUCGUAGGCGUUGAAGAACUACUCAUCAAUCCGUCACAGCGACAAAUUAUCUCUCUGCAAAGCCGACCAUAUGAGAGUGAUGUGAUCAGCGGGACCUUAACAGUGGAAUUUAUGUUUAUUGAGGGACCGGAAAUUCCGCCAACGUUAUUAGGUCAGUCGAUGAGAGUGAAGGAGUCGAUCAGGGGUGCGCCCGGCACUGCCCCAACGAUCAUGACAAGGACCACGACGACUUUCCGCAAUGAUAAUUUAAUGAAUGGCGAUCACUUAGCUAAAGUCGCCAUUAAUGAUAUCGAGAGGAAUCGCGAUGCGAUGGGUAAUGUCAACAAAAGUUCUUUGGUCAUUCACAGUGUAGCACGACAACCAUCGACACGACUUGUUAAGGUUGAAUUGAGUGACGGCACCUGGAAGGAAAUCGAGCGCGUCGAAAAACCGUUGGACGGUGACGAGGCGACCGCAGCGUCACCAGAAACCGAAGAAGUAAAAGAAAACGGCUUGACUAACGGCAAUCAUUCAGCUGAAAACGGAGAUAAGCCAGCGGAUCAACUCCCAACUAAUAAUACGCAACCUACACCGGAACCAGCGCCUGAAUUCCGUGGAAGAACUCGUAAACGAAGGGAUUUCUUCGGUACCAUCAAACGCCGUCUAGGCAAAUCGAAAAACCGUUCCAAAUCGGCUGGACCGGACGACGAGAACGGACGUGACGAUUCGCUUAAUCGCUCGAUUUCAGCUGAUCGUUCCAGGGGAGAAGAAAGUUACAGACUAGGUAUUCCUGGAAGGAAUGAGUUGGAAACGUCACGACGGUCAAGCAUUUCGGAAGCUUCGGGCUUAAGCACGGCCUCAAAUCGAACGUACAUUAACGAAGCGAGCACUUUAGUGCUGGAAACUAUCGAGAACGGCAUUAAAAAACAUUAUUUAGUGCCGCUGUCACUGGCGCAAAAGUCAAAAUGGCGAAAAAAGGGCAGCAAAUUACACAUUUUCAACGACCACACGUUUAUUGCCAAACAUUUACAAGGUGGAACCGUGUGCCAAGUCUGCUGCAAGAGCAUAGCACGCCGUAUCGGCAAGCAGGGCUACGAGUGUCGCGAUUGUCUGCUAAAGUGCCACAAACACUGCCACGUGAAAGUGAACGACACUUGCCCGACGUCCACCAUCUACAAUAUCGAAUUAUUGUACAUUCAGAACCUCUACCCGGACAAGAACAUGAGUAUGCUGUAAGGAUGUAACUUCAUCGAAUAUUCGCCGUGCGACGACUGCAAGCCAAAAAAAAAACGACACACAAACAGAUAAAUUAAUUUAAUUUGAUGAACUUGUUAAUAAGGGUGCUACACGUAUACAUAACAUGGAUGGGGUAAAAUAACGCACUGUCUCUUCCUGGUAGUUAUAAAGUUUACUAACUAUUACGAAUACAACCACGUUCAUUUGCUUUACAUUGCAUAUUAAACGUGGAACUUGUACGUGAGCAUGAACAAAUGUAAUUUCACUGCUUUGUUACUUUUUUUUAAAUAUUUUUGUUUUGUGUUUAAUUUAAUUGUUUAUUUAAUUUAAUUUUGUUAUUGGUAAAUAUGUGAUUGUUUUUAUUAUUUUUAUAUCGAUUGUGUUAUCUAUUACUUGGGUGAUUGUAUGAUUUAUGUUGAUUAAUUUCGACCUAUUUUAAUGUACUUUUAACAUUGUGUUGGAUGAAUGAUGACCUAAACAAGUUGUUUCCGCCGUGGAACUUCUAACAUUUGCACAGUUUGGGUAACGGCAUGUGAAAUUAUGCAAACGGAGAAAAGUUAGCUGCGCUUGGAGUUUUCCAGCGGUAACAACUUGUUCCACGUCAAAUCCAAACUUACCAACCAGCUCGAGAGGUUUAUAAGAUCUCGGUUUGCUACUGUUUAUUAAAACGCAUAAUUAAUCUGUGAGCAGCAAUUCAAUUACGUUCAAUUGUUCACUUCUGUCUAACAAGCGAAGCAAACAGUCCAAAUUUAACUUGGCCAACUUAACAUGUCACACUUUGAUAAGUAUGAUGUAAUUCAAGUUGAGAGAUAGAUUUAAGCUAAACGCAUAGCUUCAACUGUCACUUCAAUACAGUACUUACCCUUAAACAACAUAGACGAUACUAAUGUUUACAAAUGUGUGCUAAAAUCGGCUGAAUAUGCAUAAGUAAUAUUACUUAAACUACAUAAUAGCUUGAAACCACGAAAUACUUAUACGUUUUAUAUUCAAUUUGUUAACUAAGAGAUAGCUUUUUGUAAAAAUUUACAUGUUCAUAAAUCAUCGAGUUUUCAUCAACGUCUUAAUGGGCAAAAAGCAGCAGCAGCAACCACAGCGGCAGCUUAGUUUUAACAGUCACGUCAUGGGGGUUUGUUAAUUAAGCGCGGGGUUCACGUUUAUUAAUUAAAUUAAUUAAAUGUAAGUAAGGUAUAUAGUAUAAUACAUACACUUAAGAUACAUAAUUUGAUAUAAAAAUAAAACAGGUCAAAUAUAAUGUUGAUAAUAUUGAAGAAAUGUAAGAAAUGAAGGAAAGUGUUGGUAAUAUAUUGCGAGAAACGUGUAAUAAUAAACAGUUUACUUAUUAUGAUAAGUGCCUAAGUACACAAAAGUUUAAAUAAAUGUUUAUUGGUCAUUAUCAAAUUAAAACUUAAGCGGCGUUCGUAAACGGAAAGAAAGUAACAAAAGAAAAGAUAUCACAUAUAACAGAGGUAAAAAUAGAUAUAUAACAAUGUAACAAACAAGCGGACAUAUACAAAAGAAAGAGUUUGAUUGAUAUUGUAAAUGUGCGAUGUCUUGAAUCGUGCGCGAGCAAUUUGUUCGGACACAAAGAAAAUGAAAACGAUAAAGUUAUAAUUUUUGUUAAAAAGUUGAAUAUAUUGCUACUACAAUCAA